GACUGACAGGCUUGGGCUCCAGCCGGUCUGUUCACACGAUGUGACAAUAGGCCGUGUGUUUCAAGGCAGGGGCGAUCUCUCCAGGGCACAUACGAGACAGAAGGAGGGAAAGGCACUGUUAAGCGAGUUUCUCAAGAAGGAAGGAAUUUAAGGAGGGGGAGCCGCCCUCCGCGUUGGCUACAUCCGCCUUUUCGAGAGCACUUGUGGUGCGCAAGCGCAGGAUAAAGAACAGGAUUGGGUUCUCAGCCGGAGGCAACCUCUCAUUCCAACCAAUCAGAGUGCGCAAGGGGCUGGGCCUGGUUGCCACUGGCCGACGCCGCGUCUGCGCGCGGGUUUCGUCGUGCGGCUGGCGUUCGCGCGAGUGCUUCGUCUUUUAGAGUCAGUGCCAUGGGAUCCGGGCUCCUCGAACGCCUAGCCCCGCGGCUGGGCCUCUCCGAUCCCGACCUGCUGAGGAAAGCAGAGGAGUACUUACGACUGUCCCAGUUGAAGUGUGUUGGCCUCUCUGCCCAUACCACCGAAACCAGCAAUGCCGUCAUGUGCCUGGACCUCGCAGCUUCCUGUAUGAAGUACCCCUUGGACAGGGCUUAUCUAAUUAAACUUUCUGGUUUGAACAAGAAGAUGUAUCAGAGCUGUCUUAAAUCUUUUGAGUGUUUACUGGGCUUGAAUUCAAAUAUUGGAAUCAGAGACCUAGCAGUACAGUUUAGCUGUACAGAAGCAGUGAACAUGGCUUCAAAGAUACUGCAAAGGUAUGAAUCCAGUCUUCCUCAGACACAGCAAGUAGAUCUUGAUUUGUCCAGGCCGCUUUUCACCACUGCUGCAGUACUCUCAGCGUGCAAGAUUCUAAAACUGAAAGUGGAUAAAAACAAAAUGGUAGCUGCAUCUGGUGUAAAAAAAGCCAUAUUUGACCGACUGUGUAAACAAUUAGAGAAGAUUGGACAACAGAUUGACAGAGAACCUGGAGAUUUAGCUGCUCCACCACAGAAAAAACAGAAAGCAGUGGAUGAAUUGCCAGCAAAGAAAACAGAGAAGAUAGUAGAGACCUCACACAAACCACAGAAAGAUGAAGACUUGACACAGGAUUAUGAAGAAUGGAAAAGGAAGAUUUUGGAAAAUGCUGCCAUUGCUCAAAAGGCUAUAGCAGAGUGAUUUCAGUUUCCAAAGACUAUUGCCUUAAAAGCAAAGAAGCUAACACAAGGGCUGAUGUGUGGGCAGUAUGCUGACCCUUAACAUCGUAAUGGGUCAACCACAGUGCCUCACUUGACCUGGGCUUCCCACAGGUCUGUGCCCUACUACAAAAUUAGAUUGGAGCCACUUUGCUUUUUUGUUUUGUUUUAAGCAAAAGGCAGUGUCCUUCCCUAUCUGCAGUGUGAAAUAUGUGCUGAAUGGAAUCUUACAGAUUUAAGUCUUUAUGUAGGCUUUUUGGUUUGACUAAAUCGAUGUGUUGUUGUACAGACUAAGUUAAUAAAUGUCAUUUUUUAUAUGCAA